UGCAUAUCACUUAUGUCUUUCAGAUUUCUCUUGUGCUUGUGCGAAAGAGUGGGAAAUAAUACCGAAAGCGUAGUAGAAAAACAUGGCGGCUCCCAUGUCAGUCAUGCUCACCGUUGCAUCGAAAUCUAUGCAGAGCUGCAGAUCUCGGGUUCCUCAAGUGGUUACCUGCAUGGGCCUCAAGCUGUGGAAGGUGCCUCCAACGUACGAAGGUGUGGAGUUCCCAGAGGAGAGGAAACUACGCAACCUUGAAAAGGUGCCAACGUACCCACAUGGUGUGCGGCCUCCAAAGAUGUUCAAAGACCUAGCCACCAUCCGUGGGGCUGAGCUCGUGCACAACAGACUGUUAUACAACCAGUAUGGCAUAAUGGCCCUUUCAGGUGCCUUCCUUCGACCAGGUCACAUUGACAUGAUCCGUCUCAAUAUAAACAAAAAACUUGAUGUGACUAGAAUGUUUGCCGUGUGGAGGAUUGACCCACCAUGGAAGCCUAUUACCAAAAAGGGUCAGGGAAAAAGGAUGGGUAAAGGAAAAGGCGCCAUAGACCACUAUGUGACUCCCAUCAAAGCAGGACGUAUCAUCAUCGAAGUUGGCGGCCACGUGGAUUUUGAGGAAAUCAGGCCACUCUUACAGCAGGUAUGUUACAAGCUUCCUGUAGAUGCCAUACCAAUCAGCAAUGAACUGCUUGAAGAAAUCAAGCGUGAAGAAGAGGAGCUUGAGAGAAAGAACAUCAAUCCAUUUAGCAUUGAGCGGGUUAUAGACUACAAGAUGCAUGACUCUGCUCGGUGGAUUAGCAAAUAUGACCGAAAGUUCUACACUAAAUAUGUGUGACAUGCAUAAUAGACGACAUUUGUUUAA